AUGGCAUCAUCAAAGCAGUCCUCUAUGCUCCCCAUUCCUUCCCAAGGGAAUUCAGUCACCAUACCAGACACACCUCCAGCAACAUCCACCCCAGAACGACGAUACGGUAGAAUCCAAGACUCAGGAGCCAUCCGACAACGAUGGCUUGAAGACCCCACAGGCAAAACCUGCAAAAUGCAGCCCAGCACACUGAGCGUCGACGACCUCAUAACAGCAGACUGGUACGUCAGUACUACCAAGGGCAGCAUCCCAUUCCAAGUAUCCCACAGCGCCUUCAAGCUAGGAUAUUCCAACGAAGCGAUCUACAACCAGACCUUGACGCAAAAGUAUGCCAAGGGCGCUCUGGGAGCAGCUGGCUGUGAAAACAUAUAUGACAUCCUAGUGGGAAAGGGACUGAUGAUCGCCGAGGGAAUGUUCAGAAUCGACGGACCACAGUUUUCCCAGAUUGCACGAGCUCAUAUGCAGGAGACUGGUGAGCCCCAGAGUCUACGACACUUCUAUGUUUGUGAUAUCGCCAAUAUCCAUACGAGGAAGUUCGUGCAGAAUAUUCUAUAUUCCCCGCGCAACGGUCUCACAUGGCCUCCGGUCUGUCGAGCUCCGCGGGUCUGGGAGUAUAACACGCCUGAGUACCAGGGCCUACUGGGUACGCGGAUUGGGAAGUGUGCGGUUUAUCUGGUGCUGGAAAUAUAUCCUAGAGGUACGUAUUAUAUUUCUAGAAUUGUGACGUGGGAUGAGAGUUGUUCGCUUGAGAUCCGGUUUGAUAUUGAACCUAUUCCUGCAUCGCUUUGUGUUGCUUGA